AGGAUGGGUAGAGGUGGUUCUACAAUUCCUUCAUGGCUGUGAUAAUGUAUAAGGUAUGGCUGAUUGAAUUACUUUAUUCUGUUUAGAAAGAGUAAAUAUAGGGUUUUUGUCAAUUCUAGGCAUAUUAAUAUACCUAGUGGAGACCAUAAGUUUCUCAUGACAGAGAACACCUGUUGUCCAAUCAUUGUGGUAUAUGACAGUUUCCAUUCACAAAGUCAACAGGAAAGGAUUCUCUCUCUCUGAAUGAGAUUGUCAGUCACAAGAAAAUGACAAAUGGCCUCAAAGGAAGUGGCAAUAGAAAUGAUCCUUUUAUCUCAGACCACAGUUGGAUUUCUGGGGAAUUUCCUUCUUCUUUUCCAUUACAGUUUCCUUUAUUAUACCAGAGGCACUUUAAGAUUCACAGAUUUGGUUCUCGAGCACCUGACUGUAGCCAAUAUCUUGGUCAUACUCUCCAAAGGACUCACACACACAGUGACAGCUUUGGAGUUGAAACAUUUCUGGGAUGACUUUUUGUGCAAACUUGUUUUCUAUGCUCACAGAGUGAGCAGGGGUGUGUGCAUGGGCACCACCUGUCUCUUGAGUGUCUUCCAGGCCAUCACCAUCAGCCCCACAGGCUCCAGGUGGGCACAGCUGAAACCACAGGCUCCUCAAUGCAUUGGGCCCCUCAGUAUCCUGUGCUGGAUCCUGAACAUGCUGGUAAAUAUCCUUAUUGUUCAGUUUGUGACUGGCCAGCAGAACAAGAUGAACACCACCAGGUACAAGGAUUUGGGAUACUGUUCUAUAGUAGAUUUUCACAACAGCAUAAUGGGAUUUCUACUUAUUUUAUUGUUUUCAUCCUAUGAUGUUUUGUGUUUGGGACUCAUGACCUGGUCCAGUGGCUCCAUGGUUUGCAUCCUGCGCAGGCACAAGCAGCAGGUGCAACACAUUCAUAGCACCAACCUCUCCCCCAGAUCCUCCCCUGAGUCCAGAGUCACCCAAAGCAUCCUUGUCCUAGUGAGCACCUUUGUAGCAUUUUACACCCUCUCCUCUGUCUUUACAUUAUUGUUGGCUAUUUUUCCUAAUCCAGAUUUGUGGCUGGUGAACACCUCUGCCCUAAUCGCUGCUUGUUUUCCUACAGUCAGCCCCUUUCUUCUCAUGGGCCGUGACCCCAGGAUACCCAGCAUCCACUCUGCCUGCUGUGGAAGAAAUACAAUAUUCUCUAAGCUAAUACAAUUCCUGUAAAUUUUAGGUGGUUUUUCAUGUUUAAUUAUGCACUGUGCAGUCAUUUAUUCAUUUUUGGCAGA